UUCCGACUACAAGAACUAACAUGCUCCUCUUGACCGAGGGAUGGAGAUAAGGAAGGUUCAAAUGAUUUCUUUUGAAUGGUGAUUUACCCCUGGUAUCGUUCCGUACAGAGUCUGAAUUCCAAAUGUUGAGUGACGCCAAAGUAAGCUCUGGCAUUGUAGUUUGGAGUCACUUGAACCCUAAGCAAUGGUCUGAGACUGCCGGUAGCCAUUACGAAAGAGAUCUGAAUUCCUUAGAACAGAGAGAAAGAAAGAUACUGGAGCACGCUCGGUAUUGCAGUUUGAAGCCACUCGGAAGUAACGAUUCGAGAUCGACCGGUAGCCUUAUAGUGAGGAUUGAGGGAGAGGGAGAUGGCAAGGGAAGAACAGGUCCGGUUGGCUUGGCGCCAUAUUUCCUUGUACUGAACGUUAACUUGACUUCACUCUCUCUCUCUCCACCUUCUCUCUAGAUGUUCCUCUUUGCUUCUCUGAACUGACCUGCUGUAACAAAAACAAGAAACCAAAUUGUCCUGUCUCCAAGAAAAGUAUGCAAAGCCGACCUCUAGAUUUCGAAGGGGAUGAGAUAUUAACCAUCUAUAUGGAAUUCGACCAUGCUUGGAAACUGUUUGUUAAAAUGCCUCUCUAGUAUGCCUGGGGCAGCGUAACAAGCGGUUCACAGGAUAUGCUCGAGCCAAAUUUCAGAGCAUGGGGUGCCAUGAUCACUGAGUACUGUAUGAGCUCCCGACACCGGGAAGGAGUGUCCCUGUUCGUUCAGAAGACAAGAUCCCAUAUCGGUUUCAAACCCAGUACUCUAGUCAUUGCUGCUGUUAUUAAAUCCUGCUCGGCCCUUUCGGCAACUGAGCUGGGAAAGGCCCUUCAUGGCAAUGUGUUGAAACAAGGCCAUCUUUCGUGCCUCUGUAUAUCGAAGGCAAUACUGAACAUGUACGCCAAGUCAGGAGCUCUCGGUGAUUGCCAGAAGCUGUUCAGCGAGCUGGGCAGCUGCGAUACAGUAAUCUGGAAUAUUGUCUUAUCUGGGUUUGCAAGUUCAAGGAGCUAUGAUACUGAAGUGAUGAGAUUGUUCAAAGGAAUGCUUGUCCCAUUACAACCUCGGCCGAGCUCUAUUACCUUAUCCGUUGUUCUUCCUGUGUGUGCUCGUUUGGGUGAUUUAGAUGCAGGGAAGUCUCUUCAUUCUCUUGCUCUUAAGUCCGGACUGGACACACAAACCCUUGUGGGAAAUGCUUUGAUAUCACUCUAUGCAAAAUGUGGGCAAGCGAAGGCUGAUGCAUAUGCCGUGUUUGCUGGUUUAGAUGAGAAAGAUGUGGUUUCGUGGAAUGCGAUGAUUGCUGGAUUUGCUGAGAACAGGUUGACGUCCGAUGCAUUCAGGACAUUCAGCUGGAUGCUGAAAGGGCCGAUAGAGCCAAAUUAUGCAACGAUCGCCACUAUUUUUCCUGUCUGUGCUUCUCUAGAUGAGACUGCAGCUCUUUGCUUUGGGAAAGAGAUUCAUGCAUUUGUGCUCAAAAGAGCGCAUUUGUCCGGUGAUGUUUCUGUAUGCAAUGCCCUUCUGACCUUCUACUUAAGGACUGGCCAGAUGCAAGUGGUAGAGUCCUUAUUUAGGAGGAUGGAAUCAAGGGAUUUGGUUACUUGGAAUUCUGUAAUUGCAGGUUGUGCCUCAAAUGGUUGGUGGUCAAAAGCUCUGAUGCUGUUUUGGGAAUUGCUCGCAGUUGCUACAGUUGCUCCUGAUUCGGUCACUGUCGUUAGUGUUCUCCCUGCUUGUGCUCUUUUAAAUAAAUUAGAAAUGGGAAAACAGAUCCAUGGAUACGUAGUCCGACGUCCGUCCCUUGACAAGGAUAUAGCAGUCGGAAAUGCCUUGUUGAAUUUCUAUGCAAAAUGCAAUGAGACAGAGGCAGCAUAUCGCGCAUUCUUAGUGAUUCCAGAGAGAGAUCUGAUAUCUUGGAACUCCAUGCUUGAUGCCUUCGUGAACACAAGGUAUCAUUCGAAGUUUCCACACCUGUUGGCCUGGAUGCUGAGUGAAGGAUUAAAACCGGAUGGUAUUACUAUUUUGACACUGAUCAAUUUUUGUAUAUCUAUUUCAAGACUAGUGAUGGUAAAAGAAGUUCACUGCUAUUCAAUCAAGGCUGCUCAUAUACUCGGUGAUAGAGAGCCCACAGUAGGAAACGCCAUACUUGAUGCAUACGCCAAAUGCGGUGAUAUGGAUAGUGCACUGAAGAUCUUUCAGAGUUUAUCGGAGAACAGAAAUCUAGUGACAUGCAACUCGAUCAUAUCUGGUUAUGUGGAUAGCGGAUCACAUGAUGAUGCAUACAGGAUAUUCAGUCAAAUGCGCGAAAGGGAUAUUACCACUUGGAACUUAAUGAUUCGAGUUUAUGCUGAGAACAGCUGCUUGAAUGAAGCCCUCAGUAUCUUUCACGAUUUUCAAGCUCGAGGAAUGAAACCUGACGAGGUAACCAUCAUGAGUCUCCUUCCUGUUUGUGCGCGAAUGGCAUCAGUCCAUUUUUUGAGGCAAUGCCAUGGCUAUUUGGUUAGGAAUUGUUUUGAGGAUGUUAGGAUGAAAGGAGCCAUUUUAGAUGUGUAUUCAAAAUGCGGCAGCAUCUGGUAUGCUUACAAGCUCUUCCAGUCGAACACGAGUAAGGAUCUUUUCAUGUGCACGGCGAUGAUUGGUGGCUUUGCAAUGCACGGCAUGGGAGAAGAAGCCCUUGAAGUUUUCUAUGAUAUGAUCGGUUCUGGUGUCAAACCUGAUCAUAUCAUCUUCACCUCUAUGCUAUCCGCGUGCAGUCACGGUGGCCUUAUCAAUGAAGGAUUGGAGAUAUUUUACUCAAUUGAGAAAGUUCAUGGCAUGAAGCCGACUAUGGAGCAGUAUGCUUGUGUGGUGGAUCUCCUCGCUCGAGGAGGCCAAUUAAACGAGGCUUACACCUUUGUGACUAAAAUGCCUGUUAAACCGACUGCUAACAUCUGGGGAACUCUCCUAGGUGCUUGCAGGAACCAUCAUGAGGUGGAAUUGGGCCGAGUUGUGGGGAUCCAUCUCUUCGAGACUGAAACUAAUGACAUAGGGAACUAUGUCGUGCUGUCAAACUUAUAUGCAGCAGACGAGAGGUGGGACGAGGUUUUGGAGACGAGGAAGCUGAUGAAGAGUAGGGAUCUCAAGAAACCAGCAGGGUGCAGCUGGAUUGAGGUGGAGAGGCGGGAGAAUGUUUUCAUAGCAGGGGACACUUCACAUCCUGAGAGAAGCAUGAUUUACAGCAUAUUAAUGGCUAUCGAUCGGCAAAUCAAAGAGAAACUAGCUUAUUUUGCGGACUGAAUCCGCAUUAAUUUUACUCGGGCUGAGUUCCUGAGAGUCCCAGUUCAGCCGUUGCCUUCAUUAGGUGCACGAAUGCAAUUUUCUUUCGGGGUGAAUUUGCGUGAGGAAGAUUUGAGUCUCUUCUUGUACAAGCAGCUCGUACAUGAGUUCGCUCUAUUUGGCAAAGGGUAUAUAUCAUGUUGUCCUUGGAGAGUGCCUGAGGCCCCGAGGAUGAUGGGAACUGCAAGAGAUCCCGAUGAGAAUAAUGAGGAGAUUGCAUGGGCACAUACCUCGUCCUUUCUGACCUGUUCGGAUGCUCCUCGACCCGGGCAAGAUCCAUUCAAAGCAUUUAUAAGCUUAUUUAUCAGGUACUUGACAUACAAUCAUUUGGAUAUGGACUGUCUUUGCUUUGCUUCAGAGGGAAUGAGGCCGCAUCUAAUAUCGGGAAAUAGAAUUUCAUUUGAGAAAACGUGCUUAGAGGAAGUUCUUCGACGAGGUUUACCCCGCAUCAGGAUGAGCCCUAAACCGAAACAUGAGCUCAAGUAGGUUUCUGUUAUUCUUGACUAGGAAACUGCUUGUACGAACACAGAUUUCAAUUUGUGCUUCUUUCCAUUGUACAUAGCUGCAGGAGUUAGACCCAAAAAUGGCAUCGAGGCUACAAGCUAUAUAGCUGUUGAGCCAGAACUGUUAGCAGAGUAUACAAAGUCGUAGUAUUGAUUUGGGAAGAUUAUCUAUAUACUCAGUAUGAUGAACUUACGUGAGACAUAACACCGAUCCGAUAUCUUAAUAAAAUGAUAUUCCUGCC